UGGGCGGGGCUUGGUGACGUUCCAGGACACAGCGAGGACUCGCCGAUAAACAACUUUGAGAUCAAAACAAUCUCCGAAGAACAGCUAGAGAACGGGGAUCCGUUACAACGACCACACCCAAAGACAAUCAUACUUUAUUUGGUCGGAUUGUAGUAGAGGCAUAAAGAUGAUCGGAAAGAUUCUUUCUCAUCUGCUCGGGAACGCCGGGGAGGACUUUGAGGCAGCAGGGGACACUUACGAGGAGCUGAUGGAGUUUGAGGAGGGAGGAUGGGUGAUUGUUAAUCUCUCAGGGAGCGGGCUGCUAUCGGCCCCUGAGGAGGAUCCCCUGGAGAACCUGCUGAUAGAGCACCCCAGCAUGUCUGUCUACCAGAUGAGAUGCAGGAUGAGUGGGGAGGAGGAGGAGUUGGGCUCUGAUGAAGAUGAAGAGGACACCUCCAGGCCUGUGGCAGUACGGCGGCACGUAUCGUGGCGUCUGGCUGCCUGGGGAAUCCCUCUGCCCUGCAACCUCCAGCUGCUGGCUGUCCAGAAGGCCAGGGCCCAGGCUGAGCAGCGGAAGCUGAGCCGCGGCGCCCUCCACAGGCACAACCUGGCUAAGAUGCGAUUCUCCCCUGCAGAGAAACGCUACGGCCACUUCAAGCAGCCCUGCCAGCGCCUCUACAACUACUGAACAGGGCGUUUCAAGUUGCCUCUGCCAUAGCUAAGUCAUGCAGCACAGUGCCUGGACUCUGAAUUUUACUCAGUUUUUUUUUUUUUUGUGCAAUCUUUUCACCUCACACAGUUAACUCUGCUCUGCAUAUCCUCCAAGGUAAAGCAUGUGCGAUUCACCUGUUUCGGUGUGGUGUAAAAUGAUCGGACAUCGGACAAAUGAGCCACACAAAAGUUUUUAUUUUGAUUUUAAUACAGGCAACCUGUUCUACUGCACCCCUCGCAUCUGAAACCCUGAAUCUCCAUCUCCUCGUGAAAUCGGGUUGGAAAGCAUUAGUAACGCACUGUUACUUUCAAAUAAAAGCCUUUGUACAUUAAGAAAAGAAACAGUUGAGUGGUUUAGAUUGAUUAGAGAUUAGUAGGAAUAGGGCUUAUGGGAGAUUGGAGGUGUGUGAAAGUUAUUCUUAAAGUGUUGUUAGUGUGUAACAUUGAUCCAAAUCUCAAAACUUCCAACCUGUAGUGACAUUGGCACGAAAUGAGUUGACUAUAAUGCAGUUUUUUUUUUUUUUUGAAUGAUUAUGCGUGAUUUUAUUCAGUAUGUUUAAUAUCACGUGUGCCUGUGUAAUAACAGCUAAUUUCAUAUCACGGUGACCUGUACAGUAGUCACUUUGUUUGAAAACAUCUGUGAAUUUCCUGAGAUAAUAAAUGCUCCUUUUGUUUGAGUCUCCUUAAGAAAUAAUUACACAACCACUGGUAAUGUUUUGUAUAGGGUCAACCAUUUUGCACAAAAUGUACACCUUUUCAGCAGGUUCUCACUUUUUCAUGUAAGGCACAUUUUUAAUUUUAGAAGUGUAAAUACAGUUCAAUAUGUUUUUCUAUUUGUGUGUAUUUAUAAAAUGUACAAAAAAAAAAAUAAAGUCUUGUUUUCUUAA